AUGGCACAAAACGAAAGAAACGCCGAUCGUAAGAAGUUUUUAUUUGAUCCAUUUCGUGCAAUAAAUGAAACAUUUGAAAAAUUACCAAAAAUCUAUUAUAUUCAACAAAUCCGUGAUGCUGUCGCCAGCACCCCAAUACCCAAUAUGCCGCGACGCAUUCGACGGAAAAUCGUUAAUUCAACGCAAAACAAAUUGCGUACAAAGUACUCAAAUGUAACAACAAACUACAUGGCUGAUGUUGAAAAACAGUAUCUGGAAACGAUAAAAGGCUUCAAUGUAAGACGUUUCUUAAAAACGAUUGAACACGGCCUUGAAAAUGCAGACGAUGAAAGGAAUUCGUUUAAAUUCAAACAGGCCGGACGAACCGACCAUCACAAAAAGUUUUUACGAUAUCGAAAGCAACUAAAAGAGAACCUGUUCAUUUCAUAUCCUUUCAUUCGAUUUAUAGUGCAUUCUUCGUAUCAGAGUUUUCCACGCGUCCUAAAUGACUACGGUAAUUAUAAGAAAACUAAAAGUGGCAUUUGUAUUUGGCUCAUGUUGAUUGAAUUUGAGGGAGCGGCUCAACGUGAUUUGGAGAAUAAAUCCAUUUUCCUUCGAGAAGAAUGGUAUCCAAAAAUUGUUCAAAUCAUGUUGAAACAUUACCGAAAGCGUUCCUUUCCGCCGCAUCAAUGGCCAAAAAUGUUGAACUGUGCCAAAGGUUUGAUCAAUCGACAAAUUACCGAAGUGAAGACAAGGACCUUCGAACAUAUCUUUGAUCUGCUGAAAAAACGCAAAAAUAUGCCUCCGAUAAAGUUUUAUGCCACAUGCAGCAAUGGGCGUAUUGAGUUGCAUCCGAGUUUUCGUGAAUUACGAAAUACAUUUCAUCGAAUAUUCAAAAAUAUUGCUGCCAUAGCAACGAAAUUCCCGCCAUUGGAGCUGUUGAUUGAUCGUACCGCGUUCAUAACAAACGAAACGUAUUUGAAAGUUGAAAUAGGGGAAAUUGCAUUCAAUCAGCUGUUGAAUCGGUUGGAAGUCACACUGGAACAUGCGUAUGCGCCAAUUUUGAAUUAUGUCAAAACAUUGGAAGACGAAUAUUAUGAUUUGUUUAGUGAAGAGACGCGAUUCGAUUUGGAUGAAUUCCUAAGCGAAUCGCGACACAUUGACAGUUACUUCGAGAAAAUUGCGUUCUUUCGGCAAUUUAUCGAAAAAUUACAGAAAACCGUGCAAAAUAAAAUCUUUGACAUUGCUAUUGUUAAUCAGGGUAAAGCUUUGAUUGGCCUACGAACGAUUGCACAAGAUUAUAUAAACGAAAUCAUUGAUAAGAUAGCAGACGAUCAUAAAAAUGAUUGUCAACGCAUUUGUGAUUGGUUUGCAAAUGUUCAGAGGCGUGCAUUGGAAGCGCCCAAAUCAACCGAAACGUUGCUGGCAAAUGGUGAAUUUAUGCUGCAAAUGAAAAAUAAAAAAAUCGCCGAAAUACGAGAACAUAUACAGAAAAAUUUACAGACAAGCGGACGAUUAAUUGAUUUGAGAGAGUUUGAUGAAGAACAUUUUAAUUUGCAAAUUGAAACGAUUCACUGGUUGCAUAAAAUUCAAGACAUUUUCGAGCAAAAUUCAUCACAAUUUGAAAUUUAUAAAAAUCAAUUUGAAGAGCACUUGAAUACGGUGACCAAAAAACUAACACAGAAUAUCGAUGAUCUAAUUCCGAAAUUGGCUAUCAUUGAUGAUAUGUACGACACGAACAAACUGCACAAUUACUACGCUACGCUCGAAGAGUAUACGGAACAAAUCAAAUGCUUUGAGGAUUAUAUUAAAUGGAUUAACAAAGAGGAAAAACUAUUCAAAUUGCCUGUUUCACAGUAUCCAAUUGUAGAAUCACUUAAAAAUUUUCUCACCCCAUUUGCUGCUCUUAUCAAACUUUGCAUUGAAUGGCUGCGUUACUACUACAUUUGGAUGGAUGGACCGUUUGAGUAUUUAGAUCGAAUGACCAUUGAAAAUCUUGUACAAUCUUAUACCAGAGAGUUUGAAGCCACACAAAAAUACUAUCGGAAUCGCAUCAAAGCCGAUAUGCUCGGCAAUCCAGUGCUGAAAUUUCGGGGUCAAACUGAAGAUCCCGAUCCUGAGAAACACCCCGUCCCACUAAGAUUAUGCAGCAAGAUGAUUGAAUGGAUAAAUGGUUUUCAAAUCGGCGUCAGUAUUGUGCAAAUAAUGUGUAAUCCGGCAUUAAGGGACCGCCACUGGGUGGAGAUGUCCGAGAUAGCAGGUUUCGAUUUGACACCUGAUGCCGGAACGUCGUUGCGAAAGAUUACAAAGUUUGGUAUUGAUCAUUUGCUGCCCAGUUUUGAAAUAAUAAGCAUCGGUGCCAACAAGGAAUUGAAGUUGCAAAUGGAUUUGGCCGAUAUGUUUAAAGAAUGGGAGACCAUUGAAUUCCCGAUCACUGUUUACAACGACACCAAUAUUACAAUUUUGGGAAACAUCGAAGAUAUUCAAGUAUUACUCGAUGACCACAUAAUCCAGACACUCGCGAUGCGCGGUUCCGCAUUUGUCAAACCUUGUGAACGUAGUGUGCGAAAUUGGUACGAAAAAUUGUUACGAGUCUCUCAUAUAUUCGACGAAUGGUUAAAAGUUCAAACCAAUUGGCUUUAUUUGCUCCCAAUUUUAUCGUCCAAAGAUAUUUUGGUCGAAAUGCCAAACGAAGAACGGUUGUUUUCUAGAGUUAAUGAGAUUUACUGCAAAUACAUCGAGAUGGCAAUUAAAGAACCGAUUGUAAUGAAAAUGACUGAAGCCGAACAUCUGUUGGAAGAUUUGAAAUCGGCCAAUGAAAUGCUGGAUGAAAUUAAAAGUGGAGUUAAUGCAUUUCUAGAACGAAAACGUUUAUACUUUCCGCGAUUUUUCUUCCUUUCCAAUCACGAAAUGUUGCAAAUACUCUCGGAAACAAAGAAUUCACAAAAUAUUCAGCCAUUUUUGUGCAAAUGUUUCAACGGCAUCAAUCAGUUGCAAAUGGAUGAAUCUGGGAAUAUUGACGCAAUGCUCAGUUCAGUUAACGAAAGUGUCAACUUUGUAAAUCGUAUUGUGAUCUCAGAAACUGGUGGCAGUGUUGAAAAGUGGCUCUUAAGUGUUGAGAACGAAAUGUAUUUGGCUGUUCGCAAUGAAAUAAUCAAUAGUUAUGCGGACUAUGUAACGUCAGAGCGAAUUGAAUGGUCAUUGAAUUGGGCGCAAAUGAUCGUUCUGGUGGUGGCAAGCAUAUUUUGGUCGAGUGAUGUCCAUACAUCACUUUUGCAACAAAAUCGUGAUCUGUUGAGUAACGUUCAUUCCGAGCUGAAUACGAAUUUGGAUGAAACCGUUGAAGCAAUUCGAUCGUCAGGAAUUACAAACUUGAAUCGAAUGACAUUGAAAUCGCUUUGCAUUCAGGACAUUCAUGCCAGAGAUGUUACGCAAAAAUUAAUUGCAAAUGCAAACAGUGACAUCGAUGACUUUGAAUGGAUUGCACAAUUGCGAUAUUAUUGGAUCGACAAAGAAGUGACAAUGAAAUUACUGAAUGCAACAAUCUCUUAUGGUUACGAAUAUUUGGGGAAUUUUCAACGUGUUGUCAUGACUCCGCUUACGGAGCGAUGUUACCGUACAGUUUUAUUGGCAUAUCAGCAUCAAUUGAAUGCAUCUAUCGAGGGUCCCACUGCCACUGGCAAGUCAGAAACCAUUAAGGACCUAUCCAAAGCAUUGGCAACUCAACUAAAAAUAUUCGACUGUACACCCGAUCUGGACUUUCGAUCGAUUUCAAGGUUUUUAAAGGGCAUAUCAAUGAGCGGCGCGUGGAUUUGCUUCGAAGAUUUCAAUCGCAUUGAAUUGAAAACAAUUUCUGUAAUUUCACAGCAAAUUCGAACCAUUCAAAUGGCCAUGCGAAAACAACAAGCCAAUUGUAAAUUUAUGUUAGACGGAGUCGAAUUGAAACUUAACACACAGUGUAACGUAUGCAUCAUGUCAAAUCCACUGGAUAUAUCGCGGACAAAAAUGCCAAAUAAUUUAAAAACACUCUUUCGUCCUGUUUCGAUGAUGCAGCCGGACGUGACUCAGAUAACCGAAGUUUCACUCUUUGCAAAUGGAUACAAAAAUGCAAAAAUAUUGGCCAAGAAAAUAACCAAAUUGUAUAAAAUAUGUUCAAAGAUACUACCAUCUGAAGUUCAUUAUGAUUUUGGUCUUCGAAGCUUAAAGAUAGCUCUUAGAAUUUCCGCCAAUCGGAUUUUGGCACAACCCGAUGAAAUUGAAGAGAAUCUCAUUUAUCAAUCAUUGCUAGACGUCAAUUUACCAAAAAUCAAUCCAAAAGAUGUACCCCUCUUCAAAAGUAUCGUCAGUGAUUUAUUUCCAAAGGCCAUUUCCAGGGAAAGUAACACUUAUGAUUGGUUACGUGAAGCAUAUGAGCGAAAAUGUAGCGAUAAUAAUUAUCAACCCGUUGAAGCACUAUACCGAAAACUAAUUGAAACCUAUGAAAUGAGUGUCUUUAGGCAGGGAGUCAUGUUGUUGGGCAAUCCACAUACGGGAAAAUCAUUUGUGCUCAAAACGCUGAUUGAUGCAAUCAAAUUAAAACACCAACUUGAUAACAAUAACAUGGACAUUGAAUUUGUGAACCCAAGAGCCAUCGAUUUAAAACAUUUAUUUGGCGAAUUCGAUCCGAUCAAUAUGGAAUGGCAAGAUGGUGUGGUUUCCUCAAUUUUUCGUCGAUUUGCUGAUAAUAAAGCCGACGACUUAUUCAAAUGGAUAAUAUUCGAUGGACCCAUUUACUCGGAGUGGAUUGAAAAUUUAAACACGGUUCUAGACGAUAAUCGAAAGCUAUGUCUGAGUUCGGGUGAAGUACUAAAUUUGACAGACAACACAUUGGUUUUAUUUGAAGUCGGAAAUUUGAACCUUGCAUCACCAUCGACGGUGGUAAAUUACGUAAUCGAAUAUGGAACGAAUCUAUUCGACCCUUUGAAAUACAAUUUGAUAAAUACAACCUUUGAUAUAAUUCAAAUGGUCAUCGACGAUGCAAUCGAAAUCAAUCAAGAUGAUUAUCAGAAAUUCCUCAUCACAUGGAUUCAGGCUGCCGUUGUCUUUGCAUUCACUUGGGGAAUUGGCGGAAUUUUGAAUGAAGAGUCACGGACAAAGUUUGACCAGUUCCAUAAAAGGAUUUGGAGUGAUCAUGAAGAAUAUGCGCCGCCGACGAGUAUUAAAAAUCGUAUUGAUGUAUCCAUUCCCAGUGAAGGUUACCUGAAUGAUUACUACUAUGUGUUCAAACAAAAGGGAACUUGGAAAUUGUGGGCCGAUUUGGUGCGACGUCAAGAGCCCGAAAUAAAUCAAUAUGGUGUUCAGGUGGCAACAGUCGACACAGCUCGAUAUUCCCAUUUGGUGGAGAUGCACAUGAAGUAUGGAAAAAAUGUGUUAUUAAUUGGUCCGUCAGCCACUGGAAAAACAUAUAUGAUGCAAAAUAUGUUGCGAAGUAAAGUUGAUUCGAAGAAGUUCACGCCCGGUUUCGUCACAUUCAACAAACGUACAAAAGCCAGCGAUGUGCACGAGGAAUUGUUGAGCAAGUUGAUUAAAUUGAAGCGUGGUGUGUAUGGUCCGCCCAAAGGUAUGACCUGUGCUGUAUUCAUAGACGAUUUGAAUGUUCCGAUCGAUGAACAUAUUGGAUCACAUUCAUCGAUUGAAUUACUGCGACAAAUUUUCGACUAUGGAUACGUAUUCGACUUGAAAAGUACAUCGAAAAUAUUUCUAAGCAAUACAUUGAUACUGGCUGCAUGUGGAGUCGGAGGCCGAUGUCAAGAGGUCAAUAGUCGAUUUUUGAUCCACUUCAAUUGCUUUUCGGUGAAUGAAUCCACCGAAGAGACACAUGUACGCAUUGCAAAUGGCAUUUUAAUGAAUGGCUAUAAAAAAGGAGGUCAUGCAGCUGAUGUUAUAGGGAGUGUAAAUCAAAUUGUGGCCGCGACCAUGCAUGUCUAUGCGGCAAUUGUUGAAAAAUUAAAGCCAACACCGUCCAAACCACACUAUCGAUUUGAUAUGCGGGAUAUACUACGAGUGUGCAGUGGUUGCUCUUUGCUGCGCAAAGAAUCGGUUGAAAAUAAGAAAAUGUUUGCCAAAAUUUGGUUUCACGAAUCAUUGCGAGUUUUUCACGAUCGUUUGAUAGAGUCUGGUGAAAAAGAUUGGAUAUUCAGCAUUCUGGCCGAUCAAAUUAACGACACAUGUGGCACAUUCAAGGAUAGCAUGGAAAUCAUUUUUGAAUCGUACACCAAUGGAAAUGGCAUUGUAUCGAUUGAAAGUAUCAAAAAAUUGUCGUUCGGUUCGUAUUUGGAUGUUGAGUCAUACAUUUCAGUUCGAAAGUAUGAAGAAAUAACUAAUUUCGAUAAACUAACUGCAGUGGCUAAUACCGCCCUAAAUGAGUACAAAGAAAAUGACAAGACUGAAUUGAAUGUGAUUCUAUUUACGUAUGCUUUGGAGCAUCUUAAUCGAAUUUGCCGAAUAAUUUCAAUGCCGGGAGGAAGUGGAUUGAUUAUCGGAAACAUCGAUUCGGGACGAAGAUCAUUGAUACGCUUGGCAUCGAUGAUAUGCAAGCAAAAGCUAUUUCAACUAAACACCAUCGAAGAUUAUGGCAUAAAAGCAUGGCGUGAAGAUAUAAAAUCGGCUUUAAAAUCAGCCGGCGGAAUGGGUCAACAAACCUGCCUGUAUUUAUCGGAGAGCCAAUUAAAACAUGAUGCCUUUCUAAUCGACGUCGAAUAUUUACUAAAUUCUGGAAAUGUGCCAAACUUAUGGCCAAUCGAUGAGAAACAGGAGCUACUAGAAAUGGUGCGACUUGUCGCACAGGGCGGAAAUCGAAACAUCGAUAUAAGUGCUGAUGAGGUAUUUACAUUCUUUGUCAAUCGUUGUCGCCAAAAUCUGCACAUUGUGCUCAGUUUCAAUUCGGUCGGACCGAAAUUGAGAAAUUACAUUCGACUCUAUCCGACGCUAGUAAAUUGUUGCACCAUUGAUUUCUUCGAUAAAUGGCCUGAAGAAGCCUUGGAAAUGAUUGCGUCAAAGUUUCUCUCAAAUCUUGACUUAUCCAUGGAAAUAAUCGAAACAAUAACCAUUGCAUGCAAAUACAUUCACACAACGGCUCAAGGCGCGGUAAAUUCAUAUCGAGAAGAAACGGGCAACUGUUUCUAUGUGUCAUCAGCAUCGUAUUUGGAGUUGAUGCGAUGCUUUGCGCAGCUCUAUAUUAAAAAACAAACCGAGAUCACAACGGCCAAAUCGAGAUACGAAAGUGGCUUGAAUACACUUCAGAUGGCGGCAAAAGCAGUGGAAAAUAUGCAAACCGAAUUGAGUGAAUUGGAACCGAAACUUCGUGCGAUGGCUUUAGAUUGUAAACAAAUGACAACGGAGAUUGAGCUGAAAACGAUCGAAGCUAGUGUUGCAACAGAACAAGUGAAACGCGAUGAACUGGUGGCGAAUGAACAAGCAGCUGCCGCUGAAUCCAUGGAAGAUGAAUGCUCAAAGGAUUUGGCUCAGGCUGUUCCUGUGCUUGAAGACGCAUUGCAGGCACUUAACACAUUGAAACCGGCUGACAUUACUCUUGUGAAAUCAAUGAAAAAUCCACCAAGUGCCGUUAAACUUGUUAUGGCUGCAGUUUGUGUUAUGAAGGGCGUGGCACCGGAUCGAAUCAAUGAUGCAGCUAGCGGUAAAAAAAUCGUCGAUUACUGGGGACCAAGCAAACGAAUUCUCGGCGACAUGGGCUUUCUGCAAUCACUAAAGGAUUAUGACAAGGAUGACAUCAGUCCGGACAUCAUGAAGAAGAUUCGCAAGGAUUUUAUACCGCACAAGGAUUUUCAACCUCACAUUGUUGCCAAAGCCUCAAGUGCUGCAGAAGGAUUAUGUAAAUGGAUCAAAGCAAUUGAGAAUUUCGAAUCGGUGAAUACGGUGGUUUUGCCCAAAAAAUUCAAAUUAAUGAAUGCAAAAGAAAAUUUAAAGGAGACGCGCAAAUUUUUGGCAGAAAAACGAGCACUUGCCGCCGAAUUAGAAGAAAAGGUGACAGGACUAAACGCCGAAUUGGAAAGAACCAAUUUGGAAAAGGAGCGGACCGAACGUGAAGUAGCAAUGUGUGAGCAGAAAUUACAGCGUGCUGAAGCGUUGAUCGGUAGUUUGGGCCAAGAGAAAAGUCGAUGGACUGAGAGGGCAGCUCUUUUGCAAAAAUUUCUCGAUCACCUUCCCGGUGAUGUUUUGAUUUCAUGUGGCAUUAUCGCCUAUCUCGGUGUCCUUCCAAAACAUUAUCGUGAAAAUUCUAUUCGAAAAUGGCACGAAUUUUGUGUAUCAAUCGAUAUUCCGUGUUCGGAGAAAUUCAAUUUGACAUCAUGUUUGGGGAAACGUGCACAAAUCCAAGAUUGGCACAUGUUUGGAUUGGCCGCCGAUGAAUUUUCGGUUGAAAAUGGCAUUCUGAUGGCAAAUUCUUGUCGACAAUGUUUAUUCCUUGAUCCACAGCAACAAGCCAAUAAAUGGAUCAAACAAAUGGAAAGUGGAAAACACUUAAAAGUGGUUAAACAAUCGGAUCCAUCAUAUUUCAAUGUAUUGCUGGAUUGUAUGCGAGACGGCCACCCAAUUUUAAUCGAAGACGUUGUUGAAUCGUUGAAUAUUUGUCUGGAGCCAAUUUUCAAUUAUCGCAUAUCAAAAUGUAUUGAAAAUACAAUUCGUCUAAAUUCACGAACGACCAUUAAAAUUGCCAGCGGUUUUCGAUUGUAUUUGACGUCAAUCGCAAAAACAUUGAAAUUCAUGAGCGACUACAGCGGAAAAUUGAAUAUAAUCAAUUUUAUUUUUGCAUCGAAUGGUCUCGAAGAAAAUUUACUGGAUAUUUUGGUGUUGAAAGAGAAUCCAUAUUUGCGUGAGGAACGUGAUGAUUUGCUGCACAACAAGCUACGCGACAAGGCAAAAAUAAUUGAACAUGAAAAUGCCAUUUUAUCGGUGAUCGCCGAAAGUGAGAGUGAUAUUCUGGAAGAUGAGACGGCCAUCAAAAAAAUGGAUGCUUCAAAACAACUUUAUCUCGAAGUGAUUCAGAAACAAUCAAUUUAUAUUGAGGCCGAACACAAAAUCGAAACGUUUCGUGAAAGCUACCGACAGGUGGCGUCGUACGCAGCCAAUCUGUACUGUUGUUUGGAUCAAUUGCGUUUCAUAAAUCCAAUGUAUGAAUUCUCUUUGGAUUGGUAUCUGAUGCUGUAUAAUACUUCUAUCGAAAAAGCAAAUCGAUCAAGAGAUCAACAGCUGUUGAUCACAAAUGGUAAAUUAAAAGAAGAUCAAUUGAACUUUUUUGUCAACGGUGACAAUGGUUUUGUUGGUCCACUUGCCGAAAAACCAGAACACCAUGAAUGGAUCACCGAAAAAAUAUGGUGCGAUUUGCAUAAGUUGGGUGAAGUGAUUGAAAGAAAUAAUCUGCUUGAAUUAUUUGAAGCGCAUAUCGUUGAGUGGAAAGCAUAUUAUUACGGAGAUGAUGAUAAACCGCCAUCGAAUUUAGUUGAUGGAUUCUCAUCAUUUGAAAAGUUGUUGAUAUCGAAAAUAUUCCAUCCGGAGCUCAUAACGCAGGCGAUGACUGAUUUUAUAGCCACUGAAAUGGGUGCACAAUUUGUCAGCCCGCCGAUAUUCGACAUUCAUAAAUCUUUCGAAGAGUCAAAUAUUCUAACACCGUUGAUUUUCAUACUGUCGCCCGGUGUCGAUCCAAUCGACACACUUUGGAUGUUUGCUGAACGUUUGGGUUAUUCACAAUCGAUGCAAAUGAUUUCAUUGGGCACUGCGCAAGGUGAUCACACCGAAGCUGCACUGAACAAAGCUCAGAAACAAGGAUCUUGGAUUUGUCUUCAAAAUUGUCAUUUGAACACCGACUGGCUGACAAAACUUGAGAUUAUGUGGAAAAAUAUCAAUUUUUAUAAUACCACACCCUCGUUCCGGUUAUGGAUGACUAGUGAACCGACCACAACAUUCCCGCUUAAUCUCAUUCAAAACAGUGUAAAAAUGACCUAUGAAAAUCCAAAAGGCCUCAAAAACAGCCUACUCAAUUCGUAUCAAACAAAACUAUUGAAUAGCAAAUUCUAUGAUAGUUGUCCGAAGCAAGACAAACUCUUCAAGCAAAUGCUUUAUUCGCUCACAUUUUUCGAUGCGAUUGUAAAUGAGCGAAAACAUUAUGGCAGCGUUGGAUGGAAUGUUGCGUAUGAAUUUGGCAUCAGUGAUUUUACACAAUCGGCAAAACAAUUGCAAAUGUUUUUGGGCGAUGGCAAAUUCAUUCCGUUUAAAACGCUUCACUACAUAAUCAGCGAAUGCAUUUACGGAGGUUUAAUCGUUGAUGAAUACGAUAAGCGUUUGUUGAAAACGCUUUUGAACGACGUAUUCAAUGGGAGAAUACUCGAAGGGCCACCGUAUAAAAUCAGUUCACUUGACGUAUAUACGCUACCACUACGAUAUGAACAUCGAUUUGUUGUCAAAUUCAUCGAAGAAACCAUUCCUGUGAAAUCCAAUUGUAGAGUUUAUGGUCUUCAUGAAAACUCCGACUUUAUAUUUAAAUUAAAGACUUCAAAUGCUUUGCUAACCAAAAUGAAAAUUGCCAAUGAUAUUAAAACGACAAGUACAUUGGACGAGGUUGAAUUUUUAGUGAAUCUUACCGACAUAAUUGCAAAACUACCACACCCAAUUGACUGUAACAAACCAAAUAGUUUUGAAUUUUCCUACGAAAGAUCAUUGAACAUUGUUUUGACUUCGGAAUUGAAAAUGUUCAAUAAAUUAUUGAAAAUCAUUCGAAAAACAUGCACAGAGCUACAACAAGCACUUCAAGGACACCUCACGUUAACACCCGAAUUGGAAUGUAUUUUAGAAAGUCUUAUGAUCGACGAAAUUCCGCAUGAAUGGCGAAAAAUCUCCUAUGCAAGUGAAAAGGGCGUGGCAUCAUAUCUGAUUGAUUUUUGUAAACGAUUGACAUGGAUUCAAAAUUGGUGGUUGUCUGGUGAUAUGCUCAAAUCAUAUUGGCUAUCGGCGUUUUUUAGGCCAUCCAGUUUUUUGACUGCCAUUAAACUUGAUUUUGCUCGUAAAUACAGUGUGCCAUUGGAAGAGAUUACAAUAGAUUAUACUGUUGUUAAUAAUGAUAGGAGUCUGGAUGGUUCGAAUGAAGGCUAUUCCAUAUAUAGCUUUUAUUUGGAGUCAGCCCAUUGGAAUGGAAGUUUUAUUGAAGAGCAAAUGACUAACAAAUCAAUUGAACCAUUCCCAAUGAUUCAUCUUAAGCCGAUUCAAAUUAAGGAGUUCAGCGCUGGUAAUCGCUAUGAGUGUCCUGUCUACUAUCAUCUGAAACGAGGAAUUUCCACAAAUGGCGCCCUAAUAACACGCAUUUGGUUACCUGUCCAAGAAGGCACAAGCUUAGCGCACUGGAUUAAACGAGGCGUUGCACUUGGCUUACACAAUGGUUUUUGA